GAAUCCAACUCAGGGAAAGGCCAAAAAAGAAGAGUAAGCUUCAAAAGAGGGAAAAUGGUGAUUUUAUCGGCGAGCUCCACAGUGAGAGCUGCCUUGGAUACACAACCUCGACUUCCUUACAACCCUAAUGCGCCUCGGAAAGUGAAGAAAAUCCCUAAAAGCAACUCUUUCUUACCGCCGCCUUCACCUCCUCCGCCGUCUCCGCGAAUCACCAUCUCCGUCGACGAUUUGCUCAAGCGUCCCGCAAGUAAAGACUUGACUGAUGACUUUGAUGAUACUUAUAUGGGAUAUGAGACAUGGUCUCCAACUCCACCAAAGCUGGAGAAACCUAGAUCGGUCUUCAAUGCUGCCUCUUUAGCCUUUAUAGGCGAUUCCAUUUACGAGCUAUAUGCUCGUAGGCAUUUUCUUUUUCCUCCACUUAGUAUUGAAGAUUAUAACGAUCGUGUUAGAGCAGUGGUGCGCUGUGAAGCACAGUAUGCUUUGCUGAAGAAACUUGUUGAUGAUGAUUUCCUAACAAAGGAAGAGAGGGAUGUACUCAGGUGGGGAAAGAAUCUAGGCUCGGUUAGAACACGUUCAAGAAGGCGUGCAGGUGUUGCAGUUUAUAACAAAGCAUCAUCAUUGGAAACACUGAUUGGUUAUCUGUAUCUGACGAACGGGAAAAGAUUAGAAAAAAUAAUGCAGAAGCUAGGAUUCUCAAGCGACUCUUCAACUGAGAUAAUAAUUGAAGAAGCCAAGCCUAAACCAUCAGAAUCUAACCUGCCAUCCUUUAUACUCAAUGAGCAAGUGUCACAAUAAUAGUAAUAAAGACACGGCAUCUAAUUUGGAGGGCAUUUUUUGCAGUGCAUUUUCUAGUUUUGUUUUUUUUUGGAUAUUUUGUUCAUGUAUAUGUAAACAAAGUUUGUAAUUUGUUUAAUAAGAUAUAUUAAUAUCUGUAGGCUUUUUGGUAAUGUUUGUGAACCUUUUAUUAACAACUUUAUUGAAAAGGUAUAUUAGAAAA